AUGUCACUCCCUCGUGUCGCAGAACCCCCUGGGGAGGUUACUCCCUACGUUGUCCCGGCCUAUCAGGGUGAAACCCUCACUAUCCCCGGCACAAAAUCAACAGACCGGGUGCUGGCGUCGGCCAAGGAGAGUGAAGGCUCAAUAUCAGUGUUCCAUUUUGAUGGCGUGUUGGGUGAUCCCGUUGGCUUUCACCAUCACAAUGAAGCCCAUGACAUCUUCAUGUGUACCAGGGGUUAUAUCAAAGUAUGGGCAGGAGAUCAGUGUCGGCUCUUGGGACCUGGGGACUUUUGUUCAGUUCCUCCGAAAGUCAUCCAUCGACCCCAGCUAGUGGGCCCGUGGAAUGAAAGCCUCGGCCUCGUCACACCCGGGAAAUGGGUAGAAUUCUUCCGCUUUGCCUCGGAGAAAUACAACGGUCUCUUGACAAAUGAAUUCGACAGCCGGAAUACCCUGCAGCAUAUGGUUCCCAAAUUCCAAACUAUCCAAGAUGAGUACGACGUGAUAUUCGACCCUGGUCAUCCCGUGUGCGAAGUUGGAGCGUGGACAGAGCGUGAUACGAAGAUCGCAGACGGUGUCCAGCCUUACUACCUACGUGCGGACACUGGGCCCAGGAAUCUUCUGGGUGGGGUGUUGUCCCGGCCGUUUAUCACGACGAAACAGAGCGACGGCGGCAAGUUUGCCAUUACCAGUAUCGAGUCGAGUAGUGAGUAUCCACCUACGGUUCUUGGGAAGCCAUUUGCCUUUAAAAAAGUGCACCAGGUCUACCAUGUGUUGGAUGGCGCUAUCAAUGUGAUUAUCGACGGCAUUGCGAAUCAAGUUCGAGCUGGCGAGACAGUGUUCAUUCCCGUUGGUACGGAAAUUAGCAUUCAUUUUCUCGAUAGGUAUGUUCGCUUCUGGUCAUUCGCUAGCGGAGAUGGUCUGGAAUCAUUUGUUCGUUUCGGUGGUCGCGAGUAUGAAGGGAAGAUUAUUCCGGACAAAGCAGAUCCGGUGGACGACGCGAAGGUGCUGAGGGCAGCCGAGAACAUCAACAUGAAAGUGUCUAUUUGA